CACCCCGCCACCACCACCUCAACCCCCCCCUUAGUCUCCCCCAGCCCUGGACACACGACGAGACCGCGGGACCGCUGUGUUUCCCGUUCGAACACGAGGAUUGAUCCAAUGUAUUAUUUACGACCGAAACUUCAGCAACUUAUCCACUGGAUAUGGCUCCCGGUUUGAGGAGUGGGCGGACGGGUCACCCCGACGUGGUGGGAGCCGGCGGAGCGGAACCCGGUGGGUGCUCGCCGCGGAGGACGGAUGCCGGAGGAGAGGGGAGGUGUUUGAGGACCAGGUGGCGGAGCAACGGAGCAGCGGGGAUGCUCGCGAACUGUCUGCUGUCUGUGGGAAUGCUUUUACUUGUUGUCCGGUGCGCUUUGGCCGCAGAGGAAAAACCCACCUAUGAUGCCUCUGGCUCCUCCUCUUUACCGAGCGACCCCGGAGUCACAGCUGCUCCUGCUCAUCCAUUGGCUGACCUGUCGGUGGCGGGGGAGGUGCCUUUCUCAGUCGUCCAUUCAGAUGGUGACUCAGAGUCUGAGGGUGAAGGCUUAUCUGGGCAGCCUGCCUUUUCUUCUGUCUUAACCGUCAUGGCAGGAACUGUCAAACAUCCGGUGAGCCUUGAUCAAAGUAGAACCUCACCGACUAUCACCAGGGUCGAGACACACACCACCCAAUGGCCUUCACAUAGUUCCAGCCUGGGCUCAGAGAUGUCCUCCUCAUCGUCUGCGGGAGACAGGAUCCUUCCCGCCAGCUCAGAGACAGGGACAGAUGAGUUAACCACUGGAACAUCCAGAGCAGUUGCGCUCACUUUCCCCAAAGAAAAAGUGGCCAGUCUAGCCCCCUCUCAAUCAGUCAGAAUUACCCUUUCUGCUGGGCCCACCGAGAGGACAUCUCAGGUAUCACCUCUGCCCCCUCGAGAGGACACCACAACAGCCUCUGUCAAGCUUACCACCACAACUGUAGCUUCAACCACCAAAACUAAAGACCCCACCACUACCACGCCUUUCCUAAGAGUCACCACCGGAACCACACAGUCUACCACGACUACCAUACCACAGCUCACACCUGUGACCAGGAGAACAACGACCACUACAACCGCCAGGUCUCAAACCAGCAGGAGAACAUUCACACCACCUGUCCCCAGAACGAGCCCUCCCAGGGGGACCAGCACAGUCUUUAUUUCGCCUUUUACCACCACCACAGAGGCUCCACCACAACAGUGCAACAUUACAGAGAGAUUAUGGGUGAAAACAGUUGUUUCCAUCUAUGUGAGAAGAAACAGACUGGACAGCAUACAGAGGCAGAACCUGCGAAGGGGACUAAGUCAGGGCCUCCGAAAAGCUCUGAAUGAUAGUUCAGCCCAGGCUCAGGUGGAGACAGUAUUUGGUUCUCCCAACAUGACAGUGGCUUAUCACGUGACUGGAGGGGACAUUGUUUACCCUCCCUCUGUUGUGCUGGAAGGCUUGGACUCCUAUGGUCGUGAUAAGCUGAUUGCAGACCUACGACAGUACCUCCCCAUGGUUACAGCCCUGCCCCUCCCAGUUGCAUCAUGGAGAUCCAGCCCAGCCACUGGCUUCCAGCUGAAAACAGUGCUGCAGUUUGUGGGAGCAGGUGAUGAUCCGCGGUCCUGUAGGUUCUCUCAAAUGAUGGAACAGAGGCUUGAGAAGGUGUUUGCUGAAGCGCAGGUCAAAGUGCUCAAAACAAACAGCAGACUCUCUGUUCAGAUGCUGAGUGUCUCCCAGGCAGUAGCAUCUCCUGCUGUGUCACUGGUCUACACUGUGAGGAAUGGGACUGUCUACCUUAAUGGCACCACUGCCUCAAACCUCCUUGGUCAGCUGUCAGCUGAGCUGGUGGGCUACUUCCUCUUCUAUCCACCACUUAUUAUUGCUGAGCCAAUGGAGUACCAUAAUCUGAACACCUCCAUUGCUACCAGAGACUUCUGGGUUAUUACAGUGAUCCAGGACGUGGAUAACGCCAGCCUGGAGGGACAGUACCAAAGCUUUGCCAGUCUAAUGGAGCAGCGGCUGGCAGAGCUGUUUGUGUUGGCAGGGCAGCAGGGCACUCGUUUCAGACGAGCCACUGCUGUAGGCAGCUACACUGUCCAGAUGGUGAGCAUCCGUAGGGUGUCAGGGCUAAAGAAUCCAGCAGAGAUGACCUACUACGUCCAACACAAUGGCAUUGCUUUAUCGGGCACGUCAGCUGCCAAGGUUCUGAACACAGUAGAUUCUCAGACCAUGGCGCUCACCCUGGGCUAUUUUGUCCAACUGCAAGCAGAACCUGUGGUCAAGAACCCUCCUAAUAACCUUUGGAUAAUCGCUGCAGUGUUGGCCCCCAUAGCCGUAGUAACACUCAUUAUCAUCAUCAUCACAGCUGUGCUAUGCAGGAAGAAUAAAAAUGACUUUAAAGCUGAUGCCAUCGGCAACCUCAACCCCAGAGCUAAGAUGGCGUAUCGGAGAGAUGUGGGCUAUUAUCACCAGCCAGUCCAGGGUUUUGACUAUGCCAAGCAGCACCUGGGCCAACAGGGAGGGGAUGAGGAGACGCUACCUGUCAGUCAGGAUACCUUAGUGAUGUCACUACAAAUUCGAGACACACCACUUUCACUAGAAAAGGCCCUGCAACAAGAUGGAACUGCCAACAAGAAAACCCUCACCACUGACAAACACAAAAGCAAGUUGCCGAGUGAGGACGGUUCCGUCAUCAGCAACGAAUCAGAGAAGCUGAAUUCCGGCAGGGGCUUGACAGUGCUGAAAGUCACAGCGCAGCAGAAACUGACAAAGGAGGAGACGCGCAAGAGGGACGAUCCAUAUGACACCUCCUCUGGCUCCCUGCAGCUCAUUUCCAUAAAACCCAUGGCAGCUCAGCCCAACUACUCACACCCUGCAUCCUCUGACCGCAGCCAGGACUCAGCCGUUGUCAACGGAGAGGUGAACUUGGCUCUGAAGCAGAAGUCAGACAUAGAGCACUACAGGAACAAGCUGAGGCUGAAGGCUAAGAGGAAGGGCUAUUAUGACUUUCCCUCCACCGACGGCAGCAGCAGUGGUCGGGCCCUGGCGCAGAGGCAGCGGCACGGCCAUGAGAGGGCAGCCGGUGAGCAUGGCAGACCACUGGAGCCUGAUGAUGAGCGAGGUUCCACUUAUGUCAAGUCUCACAGGAGGCACUCCCAAGUAGGGCAGACAGCGUAUCGCAGCAGACAGAGUCUGAGCAGUCCCAGUCCUGGAGGAACAGAGAUGGACCUCCUUGUUAUGAGGGAGAGACCCAGGAGAGGCAUUCGCAACAGCGGCUAUGAUACUGAGCCUGAGCUGAUUGAGGAGACGAAUGUUGACCGUCUAAUGGGGCCACGGGGAUACAUGUAUGGCCGGGGCUUGAAAGGCCACUCAGAGACAUCCACUCUGAGCUCACAGCCGUCCAUUGAUGAAGUGCGACAGCAGAUGCACCUGCUGCUGGAGGAGGCAUUUAGCCUGGCUUCAGGAGGCCAGUCCACAUCCGGAAGGCACUCCCAUCACCACCACCCAUCUCCUGACCACUACAGUCAUGCACCGCCUCCCCUCCCCUACGCAGAUGUGGUGACGAGCGCCCCUGGUACAAUGAAUGAUGGAAGGGGAGGCCUGCAGUGGGUACCAUCUUACGGGGCAGACGUGUAUCAGUGCAGCCUGCCCAAACCGGCCUUUCACUUCACCCAGCUCCCUGAGAUGGCCAUGGGUUCUCCUCCGCCUUUACCACCUCGCACUGGACCUCCUUCUGGGACCUCCUUAAGACGUUCCACUUCUGACUUGGGGCCUAAGGGAAGGAACUCAGAGACAUCUGUCACUGAAAUGCAGAGUCAACAUGACAACAACCCAUAUGGGCCAACUACUAGAGCAGCACUUCCAUCUAUCACUGCAGAGCAGCCUGUGUCCAACUACUCAGGAAACCCAAUAACAGCCGUCUACGCCAUCCCAGCCACCAGGUCCGGCUACUCAGAAUACUUUGUCUCCACACCACCCACCUCCUACCACAGUCCCUCUUGGAUGUCCUAUCCACCUGAACCUGAGGAUGUGCCACCACAGUGGACUGACUCUUUGCCCCUGCCUGGGUAUAUAGAGGCUUUUCCUCAUCCUCGCUAUCCACAGGGGAGCCCCACCAGACUGCCCCUGCAGUACAACCCGGCACUGGUGGAGCCGCCCACUGCCCCUAGCACAGCAUCCCAGCAAAGCCUGCCCCAGGUGGUGAAGGACAUGGACAGCAUGCCCCUUAGUAGCCUCUCCACCUCUGCGCUCGUGCAGGCCAUCCGGCAGGAGGUGGCCAAGCUGGCGAAGAAGCAGAACGAUGUGUUUGAGUUCUAGUUUUAAUUUUGCCCUCUUGUGUGCAGGUGCUCUGCACUGGUCUUCAAUAGGGGCACACGAAGGUGGUCCUCCUUCAGACUGAUUUUUGAUGUUUGUAUUGUAAAAACAGACUGAUCUUCUUUACCCACUGAUUAUCCACUGAUCGAUUUCCUUUCACACGCCACUGGUGUUUUGCAGACUGUUGACGUAAAGGAACAGAAAAGAUUAUGUUUUUUUUUUUAGAAAAAAAAUGCCAUCCUCUAUUGAUGUCCUUAAGUAAGUACAUGCAUCUCUUCUUUGUAGAUAUGUCAAUAGGAUACGCUAAAUAUGGAACAUGUAAUUUUUUCCGGGAGUAGACAUUUUUUCUGAAUCAGCAUCAAUUGAGAAGAGAGAAAAGUAGCAUUAUUGUCUGUACUGAGAGAACCAACUUCCUGUCAGAUAGUUAAGUAUAACCACAGUGUAUAUGAGCAUGUACAGUAUUAGGACAUCAUGUAUGUUAUCUCCUUUUAUAGACCAUCAACUUCAACAGGAUGUGCUACAUCAAUAUCAGGUCAUUCAAGCACCCAUGUCAUAUGAAAGUACCAUAUCCAUUUUUACAAAUUCUUUGUUUUUCACAUCCCAACACCAUAACAUUAACAACAAACACUGACUGUCCUUGAUUUGUUAAUAAUUUUUACAUUUACAUUGUAGUUCUUGUUAAUUAACAAAUGGACUAAAUACAGUAUAUAUAUGUAUCUGCCUUUUUAGUUAAACCCAAUUGAACAUUAAAUCUUAAGCGGUAUCUAUGAUGAUGAUGAUGAUGAUGAUGAUGAUGAUGAUGAUGAUGAUCAUGGUGAUGAUGAUGUAGCAAAUAGAUGGAAAUGUUUACCUUUAUGCAUCUGAAAUAGAGGAAAGCAUUUAUCAUUUAUUCUUAUAAUACUUGUUUGGGUGUUCACAAGUUACAUUGACAUGGUUGAUAAUUAUAGACAUUUUUUAACAGUAAUGGAUGGUUAUUAUAGUACUAUAAUACUGUUGCUAAAUACUUAAAAACAUGAACUUUGACUGAACUAUAUGUUGUUUGAAGAAAACAACAGAAACACUUUCAAAACCCCAAAAGGAAAAACCUUUAGGUUAAUUCAUAUUUGUAGCUGGAUGGACACAUACGAGUAACAGAUUAUACUAGAGCCCAGUGAUUUUAAGAUGCACGGAUCAUUUAAUGCACAUAAACCCCCAAAAUCUUUGUCACAAAACUAUUCUUUUUGCUGUUGGAAAUAGUGCCGCUGGUCCUUGAAUAAGAAAGAUGAGUUUGUUGUUGUUGUUGUUUACUGGCCUUAAGACAUCUUAAUGGUCUCAAUGGGUGCAUUUCAUGAAUAAAAUAAGUUCAUGUAAACUAUUGACCUAAUGAGAGGUCCUACAUCAGUACUCCUGUUCUAAGAAGUUUAAGUGCACAAACCCUGAUGUCUUUGUGUAACAUUGCGAAUGUCUGCCUGAGUGUGGACUCAGAUUUAGUGUACAGUACAAGAACUGUUUCAGAAGCAUGUUCAGUGUGAGUGUGGAACAUCUGUAACCCCUGAAAUCAUCCUGUUAGGGUGCAAAGUGCACAUUUACCCUCAAAAGCUAAUUUCAUAAUCAAUCAUUUAAUUUAAGAACUGCGGCUUCAAGUCAUCAAUCAUAAUUAUAUAGAGAGUACAUUAGUGUAUGGCAGAGCAACAUAACAAGCUUCCACCUACCACAUAAAAACAUCAUAAAUAUCAACAUGUAAAAAGCUUAUAUUUGGUUAAACAAAAUACUAAACAUAUAAAUACAAGGAAAGACUCCUGCUGACACGAUGUUAAGUACAAAGUAAAGUGUUGAGCAGAAUGCAGUUCUCUGACAAAGACGCACUAACACGUACACAUUAAGCGAAAGACCAAGCCUUCUGAUAGCUAAUGGAAUAAAGGAGACCCUUGCAUGCCAGAAUUAUUCUAACAGUGACAGAAUGAAGGAGGUCAACUCUUUAUUUAGUUUAAGGUUGGGAUAUUCAGGGAUCCAGCUAACCUUUUUGAUGACAUGCUUUAAUUAAUAUCUUGAGGCAGGCUUAUUUUAUCCGAAUACCUUAAUUUGCCAUUUUUAUCAGCCUUGUCAACCUAUUUUAUUUAGUCUGUUUUAAAAAUCAGACUAAGGCCACCAUACCAGGGCAGUGCACACAACAACACUAUUCAAUAAAACUCCUAUAAAACAAAAGUCAUUAAACCAUUGCACACAUGAAAGGAAUUCAACUCAUACUCAUAUUUUACUGUGGCAUGAAAGCCAUCAAUAGGUUAUAAUGAAUUCUUAAUGCAGGAUUGCUUGGGCAAUGGAAAGUGGAACUGACUGCAAAUGAGUGCAUGUAGGCCUAUAGCAGGGAUGCUGCAAUAUGUUUGCAUAAACAUUCAGAUGCUAUAGAUUGCCUACUCUAUAUGUUUUUGCAAACCUUGUGGAAUGCUUUGCAGAUUAUUAUAAUAAAUGCUGUCAUAGAAAGAUGCCAGCUGUGACAUAAGAAAGACAACUAUGAGUGAAAAUGCCUUUAAAACAUUAUUUCUUUUCGUGGAACAGUACUGUUGUUGUUGUUACAGCAGUCCCGGAUGAAUUUAACUUUUUUGCAUUCUGACCUUUGAGCAAACCUUCCCUCUCUUCUUUUAUACUCAUGCCUGUUGGUGUGCAAGUAGGUAUAAGGAAAUACUGUAUGUCUUAAACUCAGCAAGAACUUUGUUGUUACUUGUUUUCCCAUGAUUCCUUUUACCCAUUAUUCAGAGGAGCACUUAAUGUCUUAAGAACUGUACUAAAUACAGUGAAACCAUUUUUGUGUAUACCAGAAGUGAACACCUUUCCACAUUCUCAUGCUGGAAACUUAGCGAUAUUAAAUAAAAGGGUUUUGGGUGGUUUAUUGGUUUAGAAAAAUGAUGAGUAUUUAUUCUAUAAAAUGAAAUAUGAAGUGAGCUAAAUCUAUUAAAAAUCCAUGUCUUUUUGUC